AUGUCGGUCUCUAAAGAACUCGUUCAAAAAGUACUUCAAAACAAGGCAUUGACAUAUAAGUCUUCAAAUGCGCCUUUAUCAAUAACUGAACAGAGAAUCGAUCUAAUUACAGAUUCUAACGAUGAAACUCAUAUCCCGGCAAAUUCGAUAUUAAUAAAAGUUUCAGCGGUUGGACUCAAUAUGAUUGAUCUUAUAUUUCAUAGGUUAGCAUCUCCUUUGAUUUUCUCUAAAAAGCCUAAGACUAUAGGAAUUGAAUAUUCAGGGGCAAUAGUCGCUAUUGGAAGUGGAGUCGAAACUGAUUUCAAGGUUGGGGAUGAGAUAUGCGGGAUAAAUAUGCAUCCAUUUGGAAAUGGGACGUCGUCGCAGUAUAUCUUAAUAGAUUCUACAUCAAAAGAUGAAAUGAAGUUUUGCUCAAUACCAGAAAACUUGUCAUUAAGAGAGGCUUGCUAUUGGCCGGUUACUUAUAGUACCGCGAGUGAGCUACUCGAAAGCCACAUUAAACUUUCAAAAAACUCUAGAGUUUUAAUUGUAGGGGGAUCCACAAUGGUUGGGAGGUUCUGUAUUCAACUUUUAAAAGCUAUUUACGGCGUGAAAGAAAUUGUAGCCGUUUGCUCAGAUGCAUCAUCGAAAGAGGUAUUGGAACUCGGAGCAGAUAAGACAAUCGACUAUAAGAAAUAUCUGAGCAUUGCGGUACCUGCUACUGAGGCUGCUGGUCCUGAAAAGUUUGAUAUGGUUUUAGACUGCGUCGGAACUUUUGAUUUGUUCUCAAGUAUUGACAACAUUCUCAAACCCAAAGCAGAAUCAUCCGUGUAUGUAAGCAUUGCUGUAAAUAUCCAAAAUCGGUCCCCCUUUACGGCCUUUUUGAGGAAUGCGCUAGGAAUGGUUUAUCUGAAAAUCAAAGACAUGUUAAACUUGAGCACAUACAAUUAUGUUUUUCAACAAUCGAGCUUUACAAAAGACACGUUGGAGGAGGGGAAGAAAUUAAUCGAGUCUAAUACUUUCGAAUUACCUCCUCUUAGAUUCUAUGAUUGGAAAGAUUAUAAAGAUGCCUUCAAAAAAUUGGAAGGCAGGAGCACACGGGGAAAGCUUAUUUUGUGUAUAGAUUGA